GGCGCGAAUCUCCCUCACCCACAGACCACAGAGGCAGCCCAGCCAGCCUCCCCGGAAAAGCUUGCUAAAACCCUAGAGCUCGCCAAGGGCUUAUCGAGAUGGCGACGCCGGAGCAGAAGGGGAAGAGACCGAGGAUCGACGAGGAGGAGGAGGGCGAUGACAUCGACAAGGACCUCUUUCUCUCCGUCGAGAAGCUCCAUGAUAUCCAGGACGAGAUCGAGAGGGUUAACGAGGAAGCAAGUGAUAAAGUUCUGGAGGUGGAUCAGAAAUACAAUGAAAUUCUCAGACCAGUCUAUGCCCGACGGAAUGAACUCAUCAGGAAAAUUCCAGACUUUUGGCUGACCGCGUUUCUUAGCCAUCCUAAGCUUGGUGAACUUCUAACUGAAGAUGAUCAAAAGAUAUUCAAGCACUUGGAGUCCAUCGAUGUGGAUGAGUUUAAAGAUGGGAAAUCGGGCUACUCCAUUACUCUUACAUUCUCUCCUAAUCCAUAUUUUGAAGAUACAAAGCUUACAAAAUCAUGUACGUUCAGUGAGCAUGGAAAAAUAACUGUAAAGUCUAGCUCCAUCAAUUGGAAGACAGGAAUGGAUAUUGUCAAUGGAAAGGCUUACACGAAAGAUGGGAGCAAACGACUAUUGAUUGAUGAGAGUUUCUUCACUUGGUUCAAUGAUGCAAAGAACAAAAGUUCUGUUGACGGAGUGGAUGAGGUGACAGAUAUCAUCAAAGAAGAGUUGUGGCCUAAUCCUUUGAAAUAUUUCAACGAUGAGGCUGAAGAAGAAUUUGUACUAGAUGAGGAGGAAGACGAAGAGGGGUCCGAUGAUGAUGAUGAUGAAGAGGAACAGGAUGAAGAGGAGGAUUGAGUAAUUCCUCUUCCAUGUCGUGUUUUCAAUCUGCUUCGACAACUCCUGUUUGGCUGUCUACAUAGAGCGGAGACCGAGCCUCCGAAGGGCUGAAACAAAGGCUCGUCCCCUUCUGCAGUAUUUUUGGGAUCUACUUAGCUAGAUUCACUUGUUUGGAACUCCUGGCUGUAUUCUUAAUGCUGUCGAUUGCAUUGAGAAGAAAACAGAGGUUUUGAGUGAACAUAAAAGGGAUAAAUGGGACAUUGUAUGGUUUUUUUUUUGUGACAAGGGAUAUUGUAUGGUGGUAUGCAAAAACUUUUUCCUCUAACACAGAGGUUUGAGUUUUUUUUUUUGA